AUGGACACAAUAUAUGCGUACAGCAAUCGCGCCGCUCUUCAUGACCUUUUCAGUCACGCGCGCCAUGGCGAUGGUCGCGACCCUGCCUGGGUCCAAACUAUCGUCGCCCUAGGACGGCAUGGCGCUGUCCAAAUCGCCAUCACUUCUGCUUCACUCUUGUGGGCAAUCGCUCGAACCAUCAAAAUACGACACGAUGGCUUAGGAAAAGCUGUUCCCUACAAGCCAAAGGGCACCUUUCUCUACGAAGCGCUUGGCCACCUCCUCCGGGGAGUCUCUCUGGCACUGUUCCUUGUCGCUGGCAGUCACAAUGGCAGGCAAUGGUCCAAUGCCAUUGCGGUUGGAUACCUGUUUCUCCUAGGAUUGUUUCGGAUCCUUGUGAGGGGAGCGACCAGGCCCAUGCUGCUUCACCAAAUCGCCCUCGUUUCUACUGUCACACUUGUUUUGACUGCCGCAGCCGAUCUUUUGCCCCUCAUUGUAUUAAAAUCGACCUAUCGACCAGACGUUAUUGUAUCCUUGUCAAUUGCAUCGCUGGCAUCUACAGUACUCGUCUUGGGGUUCUCGCCGCGCGAAUGGCAGCCUCCACGAGCUGGUAUCGAUGUCCCAGAAGGCUUCACCGCUGUGCCGUCCGACGAAGAAACCCGCAGCUGGAUAAACGAAAACGUCACAUUUGCACACAUCGACAAACUGGUAUACAAGAGUUUCACAGGGACAAUUACAAUGGAGGACAUGCCGAAUAUUCCCUGGCAUUACCACCCCGAACUCCUGCGCCAUGGAUUCUCUGCAAUGAGAACGAAGAAGAAAACAACAGCCCGAACCAUCUUUGACCUGCUUGCGCCGCAGAUUCUGCAGUCCGUUAUACUUGGAAUUAGCUAUCCCUUCUUUGAGCUCUGUGGCCCCCUCAGCCUGUACCAGAUCCUCGAAUACAUACGAAAUCCAGAGGCUGCCACAUUGCAGCCAUAUGUGUGGCUCAUCGUCCUGUUCGGCGGUCGCUUGCUGCAGAGCAUUCUCUUGCAAAAGUUUAUAUCGCUGACUCGGAAGAUUGCCAUGUAUUGUAAAAUUAUGCUUACUGGCGAGGUCUUUCAUGCGGCGCUAGGCUCCCGAGAGCUGAAUGGCAAUAUUCUUCAGGAUGCCGAGAAGAACGAGGAGGAAGCCACUCAGUCCAGAGAGGGCACAGCUGCUGGUAUGCUUGAGAACUUGAUAUCAACGGACAUGAACACGAUCACAUCUUUGCGCGUUUUCCUCAUGGCCGUCGCACAAAUUCCCGCCUCCGUCUUAGCUGUAGUCGGGCUAUACAAUGUUAUCGGCUGGCCCAUGUUUGCUGGCCUCUUCAUCGUUUUCCUGAGCGCACCAAUCUCAGGAUACAUUAUGGGCUAUAUGAUGCGUUUUGAGAAGAAGCUCAAAGUUUUCCAGGAUGUCCGUGUCUCAAUGUUGUCCGAAUACCUCAGGUCAAUCAAGGCGAUUAAAUAUUUCGGCUGGGAAGACUCCAUCGUCAGCAGAGUCAGGGACAUACGCGCAAAGGAGCAGAGGCAGAACUGGAAUAUUUCGAUGUGCUGGGUAGUAUUCUCACAGGUAACAUCCUUCAUGCCCAUCUGCUCACUGCUGGCCAUAUUUGGCCUCUACGUUGGCAUUCUGAACCUGCCCAUGACUGCAUCCGUCGCUUAUACGACAGUCACACUGUUUGAUACAGUCCGUGGAAACCUUGACUUCAUCUCUGCGGUCGUUUUGGAAUUGCCCAAAAUUCUGGUCUCUCUGCGCCGUUUUGAUAGCUUCUUUGCUGCUCUCGAUCCACUGGACCGCUAUCCUGAAGGGCCUCUACGAAUCCACCGUGCGACAUUUCGUCGCAAUCGAGCCGCCAGUUUCUCUUUAUCUGACAUCACGAUUGAUUUUGUCGAAAAUGGACUGAAUACAAUCACGGGUAUUAGCGGUAGUGGAAAGACAACGCUGCUGCUGGCUCUCCUUGGAGAGACGAUCAAAGAAGCUGGCACCGUCACCCGGCCAAGAGAUGCAGCUUUUGCGUCGCAGACCGCUUGGCUGCAGGCGCAAUCGAUCCGCGAAAAUAUUCUCUUCACACUCAAACACGACGAGAGACGGUAUAGGAGCGUUGUCAGUGCCUGCUGCCUCGAUGUGGACUUUGCCGAAUUUGCCAACGGGGACAUGACACAAGUCGGCGAGAAUGGCGCUGCCCUGUCUGGCGGGCAGCGGGCGAGGAUCGCCUUGGCGAGAGCUCUUUAUUCUUUUGCCUCCUUGUUAGUUCUCGACGACAUCUUCUCGGCGCUAGAUACCAAAACUACCGUUUUAAACAGGACUGUGAUUCUCGUGACCCAGUUGAACUGGGUUGUUGGAGAGGCAGAUUUGGCGAUUACACUUGAAGACGGCUCGGUCAAAUCCACAGAUCAAAAUCUGGGACACGUUCGGGUGCCUCAAAACCUACCAGCAUACUCUAGUGAUGACCUGGACAAUGCCGCGCCCGCUACUGAUGUUGAAGAAACACCGAAUCUCGCAGAGACAGAAAAGAUGAACUUGAUCGACGACGAAGUGGAAAAGAGUGGUGUCCUUGGUGGCUUUCCUGUACUGCAGUAUCUAAUGUACUUCGGCGGCCCGAUCGCUGUCAUUCUCACAAUGGGAGUUAUGCUCGCACAAACAGCGGCUGAGCUGGUAACCAAAUACUGGUUACGGGUCUGGGUCGACAAUGCCAACACAGAUGUAUCCGCCAGCACGUCAUUCUACCUCUCCAUCUUUGUGGCGCUGAGUCUCGGCACAGACGCGAUAAAUGCAGUGUGCUUCUGGACAUUUAUCAGAGGCGCCUGGUACGCUGCGAGGACGUUGCACGAAAACGCGGUUCAUGCUCUGUUUAAUGUCUCCCUGGGGUGGUAUACCGAUCACCCCGUGGGCAGAGUCAUCAAUCGUCUGUCUGGGGACAUGGAGACGUUGGACCAGAACAUCAUCGGCACAGUCUUCGUGACCACCCGUACAAUUAUCAUGUCAAUUAUGAUGCUGACUGCCAUCACUUGGAUCCUUCCCGUUUUCAUGGGACCAACCGUGGUGCUUGCUGGACUUGGCAUCUUCGUGGGCGUCAUGUACAACCAAAAUGCCAUUUACCUGAAGCAGUUGGUUUCCGCAAGCCAGUCCCCCAUUCUCUCUAGCUUUUCCGAAGGACUCAACGGGAUGGCAGUCAUUCGCGCGACCUCAUCCCUGCCCGGCCUCUUCUCCGAGCAGCUAGGACGGCUCCUCACCUCGUCGGCCCAGGCUGGUGUCUCGCAGAUCGACGCCGACCAGUGGAUCAAGUUUCGGAUGAAUACCAUCUCGGGCUUGAUCAAUGUCUGUGCUGCGUUCCUAGCCAUCUGGGAGAGCGACAGAUUAUCUGCCGGAAUCGUCGGGUUUUGUCUGUCGCAAGCCACUGACAUUAGCUCCGCCAUUUUGAUGCUUGUCUUUCAAGCCAGCGAGUUGAAUCUGCAAAUGCAGACGUUUCAUCGUGUUCGGCAGUAUGGAAAGUUGCCGCUAGAAGAAGAAUCGCUGAGCGAAGAUAAACUCGUCCCGGACGAUGCAGCCAAAGAAUGCCAGGCCGCACCUCCCAACUGGCCUGCCACUGGCGCUAUUGAGUUCAGGAAUGUCACGGUGCGAUACGGUCCCGACGGGCCUGAUGUUCUGAAGAACAUCAACCUGCGGUUCAAUGCCGGGGAACGUGUUGCCGUUGUUGGUAGAACUGGUAGUGGCAAGAGCACUCUUGUUUUGUCCAUGCUUCGCUUCACGAACAUAGUAUCUGGCCAAAUCUUAUACGAUGGUGUCGAUGUCACGAGUAUCCCAUAUAAAGAGCUCCGACAGGCCAUUUCCAUGAUCCCACAGGAGUCGCAGCUGUUCCAGGGUACGCUCGCAGAAAAUCUCGACCCGACAGACACAAUCUCCCAGGCCGAUUUGCAAAAGGCGCUCGACGUCUGCCAAUCCAUCGCUGCCAUCAAAACAAGUCGACAGCACUCGGCCACUGCUUCCGACGACGACGAGCGCAGCAGCGCCGAUACGCUCGGGGGCGGCCUGACGCUGGAGACGCAAGUCAAGGCCAAGGGCGAGAACUUUUCGCACGGGCAGCGGCAAGUUCUCUCGCUGUGUCGCAUCCUGGCGAGACAGUCCAAGCUGAUGCUGCUCGACGAGGCGACCUCCAACAUGGACGCGGAGACGGACGCCGGCAUCCAAACGGCGCUACGCGAGGCGGCGGCGGAAGGUCAAGGGCGCUGCCUCGUCACCAUUGCGCACCGGCUCCAGAGCAUCGCCGAUUAUGACAGGGUAGUGGUGAUGGGCUCCGGCGAGGUGCUAGAGGUGGGCAGUCCCCGGGAGCUGAUGGAGAAGAAGGGCAGCUACUAUGACCUGGUGAUGCAUGAUCACGAUGCGACCUCGGCUGAAGGCAGCUCAAUAUCGUCUCAUUUUGUUCAAGCAAGCUUACAGGAACUUGGACACAAUAUUAAAAGCCCAGAGCCGAGGACGAUGGUCAAUCCAUCGUUGAAAGCAUUGAACGAAAGUGUGGCACAAGUGAAUAGCAGUGUACUUUGCCGCCUUGCCUUUUCUGCUUGCACUAAACACUGCCGAUUCUUGCGCAGGUUGGGCAACCAGAGGGUUGGUAAUCCCAAGUGUGGUGGGUUUGGAGGGAAUUGGCGCAGCCUGGCAGCGAGACUUUUCAAAGUCUGCUCAGAAAGAGUACCCGUUCUGCGUACUUCAAAGCGAGUCGCGCUUCGUCAGCCCAUUUGGCGUGGCGUUGCGAAGCAGAGGGACAUGAUCCGCACAGGGCAGACUGCGGUGGCAACUUGUACGGUGCCAAAGAACCUGGCACCCAGGCCCAUGACAACUGCGACAAUCGCCUUGACCCUCUCAGCGCCGCCCUGGUCCCCCUCCAACCUAUCGCCUUGCAGUCGAAUGUUGCAUCACCAUGCAAGUAGCCUGGCUAAUUUCGUCAAAGAUUUCCUGGUGGAAGCACGACAGGAUGAGAAAGGCAAAGAGGGCUUGGUAAGAUCCAUGCACGCCGCAAUUUCGUGUCCCGAAAAGAGACACGGAACCAUUCAUAUGUCCUCCCUGCCUGGAUUUGUGGUGCAACCUCCAAGGCGACAACACGGCAACAUGAGACCUCCCUCCCUCAUCUCAAAACUCAUGAGUAGUCCCCUGAUGAUGAAGAGAAACAGGCCAGGGCCACACGCGGUGGGGACCAGCGUCUGCCACUGUGCCACUGCAUUCCGGUUGCCUUUGUCAAGUCUGGCCCUGCCGAUAGUCCUUCCCCAGUUCUUUUCAAUACUGGCUAGCCUUGUUGAGUCUCGUUGA